AUGGGGCUUUCUUUCAGGAGUUUGUCUGUAUCUUUCCCAUCCUUAUGCCUCCUUUCUAUCACUUAUUUCUUGUGCUUCAGCUUUCUGGCCCUUGCCAUCCAUAGGAACAACGACACAGAUCGACUUGCUUUGUUGGAACUCAAGGCCAAAAUAACUGAUGACCCUUUUGGGGUCAUGAACUCAUGGAAUAGCACCCUUCACUUCUGCAGCUGGCACCACGUCACAUGUGGGCGUAGGCACCAGAGGGUCAUAAUGUUAGAUCUGAGCUCCCUCAAACUUUCUGGUUCCAUAUCACCACAUGUUGGCAAUUUGAGCUUUUUAAGGGAGUUGCGCCUUGAAAAUAAUAGCUUCAGCCGUGAGAUUCCUACUGAGAUUGGCCACUUGCGCAGACUGCAAAUACUGUCUCUUUACAAUAAUUCAUUUGGUGGUCAAAUUCCUGCUAGCAUAUCUAAUUGUUCUAACCUCGUUUUCUUUCAUUUGUAUAAUAACAAUGUGGGAGGGAGAAUUCCUGCGGGGCUAGGUUCCUUAAAGAAGCUGAAAGAAAUCUUUUUUGGGGCCAAUAAGUUAAUAGGGACUCUCCCACCAUCUUUGGGCAAUCUUUCUUCUCUUCAGAAACUAUAUGUAAGGAGAAAUAAUUUGCAUGGGGUUGUCCCUGAUACUUUAGGUCAAUUGAUGAAUCUAAGGAUUUUGGCCUUGAACGGAAAUCAGUUUUUUGGCACUAUCCCUCCUUCAUUCUUCAACCUCUCUUUGAUUGAGCAAUUAGGCUUGGCAGACAACAACCUAGAAGGUAGACUUCCCUUGAGCUUAGGCAUCUCUCUUCCAAAUCUCCAAGUCUUCUCUAUUUCAGAUAACCAAUUUACAGGAUCUAUUCCAACGUCAAUUUCAAACGCCUCAAGGCUAGAAGUGCUUCAGUUAAGCAGAAAUAAUUUUAUCGGAAGGGUGCCUUCUCUUGAGAAGUUACAUAGGCUUAUGAGAUUUGUGGUUUCUGGAAACCAUUUAGGAAGUGGUGGGAAAGCUGAUGACCUGGAGCUUCUUUCCACUUUGUCUAACGCCACCAAUUUAAAGGUAUUUGGUAUAGACCGAAAUAACUUUGGAGGGAAGCUGCCUGAACAAUUCUGCAACUUUUCAGAGAAGCUCAAGCACAUUUGGCUAAAUCAAAAUCAAAUAUUCGGAAACAUCCCCUCGGGAAUAAGUGAUUGUGCUUCAUUGGAAUUUUUGGUUGUACGAGAGAACAAUCUGUCAGGUUCCAUUCCUUCUAGCAUUGGAAAACUUCUAAACCUGGGAGAAUUGGAUUUUGGUUAUAAUGAUUUCUCGGGAUCUAUUCCCUCCUCUAUAGGAAACAUGACAAAUUUACUACGCAUGGAUUUAUCAAACAAUAAGCUUCAAGGCUUGAUCCCUUCGAGUCUAGGGAAUUGCAAAAAUUUGUUAGAGUUAGAUCUUUCAAAUAACAAUUUUAGUGGUCCUAUACCUCCGCAAAUUUUUGGAUCCUCCCCCUUAUCAAUGGGUCUUUCCUUAUCCAGAAACCAUUUGUCAGGCUCCAUUCCCAUAGAAGUAGGAAAUUCGAAAGCCAUGGGAUACCUAAGCCUUUCUGAGAACAUGUUAUCAGGAGUGAUUCCCAGUAGUCUUAGCAGUUGUACGAGUCUAGAAUUGUUGGACUUGGGUGCCAACUUGUUUCGAGGCUCUCUUCCUUCAUCUCUAAGUACAGUGCCAAUAGAAGGAGUUUUCAAGAACGCAAGUGCCACAUCGGUUGCAGGAAAUAAAAAUCUUUGUGGUGGCAUGCCUAAUUUGAGGCUACCUCCAUGUCAGCUUCAGCAGUCAAAGGGGGGAUUGACUAUAACAUUGAAGAUUAUAAUCUCAACGGUUUCUGUGCUUAUAGGUGCAACGCUUGUGCUGAUUUGUUUCUUUCUAUGCCUAUCAAGAAAGAGAAAAAGAGAGUCUUCGUCAACAUCUCAUGGGAAGGAGCUAUUGAAGUUGUCUUAUCAAAGUCUUCUCAAAGCUACUAAUGGAUUCUCUUCAGAUAAUUUAAUUGGUACAGGUAGCUUUGGGUCAGUAUAUAAAGGAAUUCUUGAUCAAGAAGGAAUUGUGAUUGCGGUGAAGGUGUUUAAGCUUAUGAAUCGAGAAGCUUCAAAGAGUUUUAUAGCUGAAUGUGAGGUCUUACGAAAUGUUAGACAUCGAAAUCUUGUCAAAGUGCUCACAGCCUGUUCAGGUGUUGAUUAUCAUGGUAAUGAUUUCAAAGCUUUGGUUUAUGAGUUCAUGGUCAAUGGAAGCUUAGAUGGUUGGUUGCAUCCAACUGUUGGAUUAGAUGAAGUACCAAGGACUUUAAGUGUUCUCCAAAAGCUGAAUAUUGCCAUUGAUAUUGCUUGUGCAUUGGAAUAUCUUCAACAUCGUUGUGGAACACCAAUUGUUCAUUGUGAUAUAAAACCAAGUAAUAUCCUUCUCGACGAAGAAAUGACUGCACAUGUAAGUGAUUUUGGAUUAGCGAAGUUUAUUUCCAAUGUCACUCCUAGCUGUUCUACAAAUCAAUCCAGCUCUAUUGGAGUAAGAGGAACUAUUGGUUAUUGUCCUCCAGAGUAUGGUAUGGGAAGUCAAGUAUCAACAUCGGGUGACAUUUUUAGUUUUGGCAUACUCUUGUUGGAGAUGUUCACGGGAAAAAGGCCCACUGAUCACAUGUUCAAGGAAGGUAUGAGUCUCCACAAUUUUGUUAAGAGAGCUUUACCUGAACAAGUAACACAAAUUCUAGAUCCCAAUAACAACCUUCCUCAAAUGCAAUCCAACGCAAAUGCAACAUGGGUUCAAAGCCAAAGUCUUGGGAAUAUGAGAAACAACAUAUUUAUUGAGUGCUUGAUUUCAAUAUUUGAAAUUGGAAUCUCUUGUUCUGCUGAAUCACCACAAGAGCGCAUGAAUAUUGGUGAUAUUGUUGCUCAGCUCUCUUCCAUCAGAAAGAAAAUCUUAGAGACUCGAUUACAAUGGUAGGAAGAAGUUGCAAGUUCACUUCCAU